AUGAAUGAAACUACAGACAAACUUAACUCUUCUCUCAUUCUUCCUUUCAGCAAAGAUUAUGAAUUCUGUUCAAAUGGUGUGUAUUUCUAUUGUGGAAAGAUGGGUUCAGGUAAGACAUUUAACCUCAUUCGUCAUAUACUCAUAACAGAGCGUUUAGGAAACGACUCUUACUAUGACCAAAUCAUUAUAUCAGCAACUUCAGACUCUAUGGAUUCAACAGCGAAAACAUUCAUGUCAAAAGUUCAAGCCUCUGUCGUUAAAGUUCCAGACAGUGAACUCAUUGAAUUUCUUCAACGUUACAUUCGACGUAAGAGGAAAUAUUAUGCCAUCGUUGAAUUUAUACAGUCAGGAAUGCAAAAGACUUCUGAGGAGAUGGAAAGAAUUAUUGACAAACACCACUUACGUCAGUACUCAGGAGUUUACGAUAUGAAACGACUGACAAACUACAUUCUAUCAAAACUUCAAACACUCUGCUCGUUUGCGACGACUUCGCUGGAAAAGGUUUAG